CGCCUUUUGGUAUUUGCUUUCUCUCUGUCUCAGCUCAGCCCUCUCCUAAUUUUGAAAUUUCGAAUUCUCAACACUCCCAAGAUCUCAUCGGAUUGAUUCGCGCUUCCAAGGAUUCGCUACCGUGGAUAUCUUGUUGCAUAUCCUCGCUUUCGACGUCGGCUGCCUUGGGUGUGAUUUUCUCGCAUCCUGUGUUUUGCGCGUGCGUAGAUUUGGAACAAAACAAACUAUCCGAGUUGAAAAGGAGGAAAUGAAACCAUGAAGAUCAAAAAGCCUCUUAAAGAACUCAAGCUCUCUGUCCCGGCACAGAAUUCUAAUAUAUCUAGUUUCCUGACAGCGAGCGGCACAUUUCAUGAUGGAGAUUUAUUGCUGAACCAAAAGGGACUGCGAUUGAUUUCUGAGGAGAAUGAAUCCAUUCCGUCAGAAACAAAGGAUGUCGAUCUUCAGUUCUCUCUUGAAGAUCUUGAGACCAUCAAAGUCAUUGGCAAGGGAAGUGGUGGCGUUGUUCAACUUGUCCGACAUAAAUGGGUUGGGAAAUUGUUUGCCUUGAAGGUUAUUCAGAUGAAUAUACAGGAAGAAAUCCGCAAACAAAUUGUCCAGGAGCUUAAAAUCAAUCAAGCAUCACAGUGUCCAAAUGUUGUAGUUUGCUAUCAUUCAUUCUAUCACAAUGGGGCUAUAUCUCUUGUGUUUGAAUACAUGGAUCGUGGAUCACUUGUCGACAUAAUUAGACAAGUUAAGACAAUCCUUGAACCUUACCUUGCUGUUGUUUGCAAACAGGUUUUACAAGGUCUCGUGUACUUGCAUCACGAGAGGCAUGUAAUACAUAGAGACAUAAAGCCUUCAAACCUGCUAGUGAACCACAAAGGCGAAGUAAAAAUUACAGAUUUCGGCGUUAGUGCUAUGCUGGCCAGCUCUAUGGGUCAACGAGACACAUUUGUUGGGACUUACAAUUACAUGGCACCUGAGAGAAUCAGUGGGAGCUCAUAUGAUUAUAAAAGCGACAUGUGGAGCCUUGGAAUGGUGAUUCUCGAAUGUGCUAUUGGACGAUUUCCUUAUACCAAAUCUGAAGAUCAAGCAACUGGACCAAGCUUCUAUGAGCUUCUGCAGGCAAUCGUCGGAACCCCACCACCUUCUGCUCCACCAGAUCAAUUCUCUCCAGAAUUCUGCUCUUUCAUCGCAGUCUGCAUACAGAAGGAUCCUAGAGAAAGGGCGUCGUCUCUAGAACUGCUGAGCCACCCUUUCAUAAAGAAGUUUGAAGACAAAGACAUUGAUCUCAGCAUUUUGGUGGGGAGCUUGGAGCCGCCUGUGAAUUUUCCCAGAUAAACAAUGCUGUGUGUUGGCAUGUUCCAUCUUGACGGAGACAUUCAGGCCGGCGCUGUGCAAAUUGUAAGAAUUGUUGGACCAAUGUUGAUUCAUAUAAUAUGGAAUGGUAUGCUCCUUCCUCUUCUUAUAUACAAUAAAGAUGUACAUUUAUGGUGCACACAAUUCACAUUUGCGCAAUCUCUUAUAUCUUUAUUUGAGUUGUAGUUUAAGAAGAUCGAUUAGAUUACUCAUGUUCUUCUUUUUGAAAGAUUAUAUAAGGGUGUGUUUGUUUGGGAUUUGGAUUUUGAGUUGGGA